AUGCUCAAAGUUGCCCGCGAAUUCUUUGGGGAGUCGGUCGAUCCGUUCACGAUCCUGCUCGAAAAUGCCGGCGUGGCUGACGGUAUCACAUCAUGCAUCAGUGGAAGGAAUUUCCGUUGCGCGAACAUGGCAGUCAAGCGAGGUUUAUCCGUUGUUGAGAUCGAGGAGAAGGAACUCAAUGGACAGCAGUUGCAGGGAACCUUUACCGCCAAGGAAUCAAACAGCCUGUUGAACGCACGUGGCAGGCAGGGCGAUUAUCCCCUGUUUACCACUUUUGCACUGCCAAUGAGCACUUGCGUGGUCAAUCCAACGAUUUCCGAGAGUACAUGACCAUUCAGUCCUACAUAUGUCACCGGCCGUGUCGUGGUGGAGUUACAGCUAAGACUCGGCGAUGCUACCGCUGCUCUCUCACCAUAGACGAGUUAGGUGGCUCUCGACAAAGCAGCGGGCUUUUUGGUCAACGCUAGAAGCAUGGGGUAUCGCUUCCAUAAGCUAUAACCGCGGAAGCAAAGGAAGGCCAUGUGCAGUCUUACACCAAACCCAAAGGCUACAGUCGGCCUGCAAAAAAACAUAGUGCGAUCAAACUUGGUGUGUUUGAAGGCUUUUCUAGGAACACCGUCCAUUGGAAGAUGGAACAGCUCCCAAUUCAAUAGUCGCGUUGUUGUCCAGGCCGCUGCGUUGGGUUGAGGCCUCACUGAUACGCUGGCAAAGGUACCUACCCUGCAUGGGGAAAAGGUCGAAGCUGUCAAUCGAUCCAUUCUCAAGCAAUCGAGGGCCGAGUGGCCAAGCCAAGGGGCGGGGCAACAAGCAGAAGAUCGAAUGCUGGUUUGAGUUCUGCGGGCCUUAGCAAUGUAUCUCUUUGUACAAGUCUAGGUACCUAUGUAUCCACUGAGACGACCUAGAACAUAGCUCGCAUUGGCAGCUGUGACGAACUGCAACGAGACCGCGGCUGCAGGGGAUAUAUACGAGAAUCCCAACUCUCCUUCAAUAGCAGCAGGCGACUUCCAUUCUCGUUGCUCAAUUUUGCAGAUUUCCGGGUGGAGCCCAAUCUAGCAAGCAAAAAACACACCGCGGCAGUGCGCCUUCCCUCCGCGGGCCGCCAGACUUCGCAAGCUUC